AAAACAUAUUUUAAAUUUCCAUAAUCAGAAAAGAGAAACGAUACUCUGUAUUGAUGGAAAAACAUCAUCUCCGGUAGCGGCAGACAUAAAAUCUGCACAAUCAAAACACACAACACUGAAUUCCCGAAAACACCCUCAUCAUCUUCCUUAAUUCACUCGCUUUACCUCACUACACCGCGCCUUUCAAGUUUCAACUCAGGGUUCACAUAGUCAAUUCACCACGAUUUCCUUCUACAAAAGGAUCAACCGCGGAUUCUCACUUACACGACACCGUUUCGCUCACUCUCUACCCGCCACCGGCGACCGGCGCAGCCGAGCACCGCCACUUUCCAUUAAGCUCCCGCAUAAAUCGUUUUCCAUAAUUGCCCCUCUCCGGGGCUAUAAAUUCUGAUUCACACCACCGAAGCGCAACCCCGAUUUUCCACUUACGACGGAAAACGAAGCCCUUCGGUUUCGAUAGUUAGGGUUUCUCGUUCGUUUGGGGAUUUUGAAGUUUCGUUGGUGUUGCAAUGGCGGAUCGUGAAGACGAGGAUUUGCAAAUGGCGAUUCGGAUGAGCAUGCAGCACUCGAUGCCGGAGCCGAAGCGGAGCAAACCGAGGGACUCCGUUACCGGCGGUGUCGUUUCGGGGUCAGCGGAGGAGUCGCCGGAGGCGAAGUCCCGGCGGUUGCAGCGGGAGCUCAUGGCUGCUGCUGCUGAGAAGCGGAUGGCGGCAGUGUCGGCGGGUAAAGGUGGCGGAGAGGUUGGGAGGAGAGAGAUGAAGGAGGAGGAGCGUUUCGAUGGUGGGAGCUGGAUGAGUAAGGAGCUUUCUCUGCAAGAAGUGAAUGAGUUGUUUGGGGUGGUGUUUGGCAGUGAGGUCUCAAAGGGGAUUCUAGCACAGUGGAGCAAUCAGGGAAUAAGGUUUAGCUCUGAUCCAGAAACAUCCUUGGGCCUAGUGCAGCAUGAGGGUGGACCAUGUGGCGUUUUGGCGGCUAUACAAGCAUUUGUGCUCAAAUACAUUCUUUUCUUUCGAGAUGAGGUGAAAGAUGUAUUAAGCCUGCCACUAAACCAGGGACCGAGCACAUUGUUCAAUAGUCAAUCUUUUCCAUCAAAUAAUUUUUCUUCACUCACUGAAGGUGUAAAAGUAAGUGCCCUUGUAAAAAGCAUGGGUGAAAUAUUAUUUAUGUGUGGAAAUAAUGAAAGGGCUGUGAUUGCAACCUUGAACAUUCUUGUGGAUGACAUUCAGCAUUCUGAAGAAGUUUCAAAGGAUGAGGUUAUUACAAAAGCACUUGAAGGUCUUGCCAUUGAAUCAGCCUUGGAUCUGCAAAAGGUUCUUAGAGUUGAAACAUACACAUCGCAACCAAGUGCAUUGAAAAGACUUGAAGCAGUGAUUCCCUUAUUCCAAAGUCGUAUGGGGGCAUUACUUUUCCUGAUCUCUGCUUUACUUUCUCGAGGACUGGACGCGGUUCAAAAUGACAGGGAUGAUCCCAGCCUACCUUUGGUUACUGCUCCUUUUGGGCAUGCCUCUCAGGAAAUUGUAAAUUUACUGCUCUGUGGGCAAGCUGUCCCUAAUGUCUUUGAUGGGAGGAUGGAUUUAGGUGGAGGAAUGUUUCUGAAAGGUAUAUCCCAAUAUGUGGAAGUUGGAUUUCUCACGUUGCUAGAGUCUCUGAAUUUUUGUAAGGUUGGUCAGUUUUUGAAAUGCCCAAAGUGGCCUAUAUGGGUUGUUGGCAGUGAAUCCCAUUACACAGUACUGUUUGCCCUUGACACUAGUGUUCAAAAUGAGAAUGAACUGGAAGAGAGGGAAUCACAGAUUCGCAAAGCUUUUGAUGCACAAGAUCAGAGUGGAGGUGGUGGUUUCAUUAGUGUGGAUGGAUUCCAUCAAGUUCUUAGAGAAACAAAUAUCAAACUUCCACAAGAGAAGCUUGAGCACCUUUGCAGUACAGGUUUCAUUGUAUGGAGUGAGUUUUGGCAGGUCAUUUUGGAUCUGGACAAGAGCUCAGGAGGUUUGAAGGAUUCAUCAGGUUUGAUGGGUAAAAAAAUCUUUGAUCUUUACCAUUUUAAUGGGAUUGCUAAAUCAGAUCUGAAUGGCAGUCAAGUAAACUCUAGGGGUGAAACUCCAUUACAAAGACCUAGGCUCACAAAAUUGACUGUUUCCGUCCCCCCAAGGUGGACGCCUGAGGAAUUUAUGGCAGAUGUGACAGUUUCCUCGGCAUCUAGUGCAAAUGAAUCUACAGGGAAGGACAAUGCAGUAAUUAAACCUGAGCCUUCUCAGCAUGCUCCUUUAGUAGAUUGCAUAAGGACACGCUGGCCCCGUGCUGUCUGCAGCUGGUCAGGGGAUCCUCCUAGUAUAGUCUGAGAUAUUUAUGGGGAGUCAUUUGUUGUGGUUCUGUGGGUGUAAUUCAGCAUUGCCAAAAGGAAGAAAAAAGUGAAGUUAUCAUGUUUUACUUUGAUGUUCUUCAGGGCACAUAAAUGGGGUUCAAAUAUCCAAAUUUUCUCCAAUAUGUGCAUAGCCGUUUUAUAGUAUGGGGUAAUGUAUCUUUCAACAUUCUCUUCGAUUUUGUCAUGUUUUUCAAAAGAUUACGAAGAAGAGGGAUGUUAUACCUUGACGUCAAACGAACUUGUAAAAUCCACUUCAAUGUACUAAUAGUGAACUUGUAUGAUUGUCGUAAGACAAAAAAUACUGAAAUUUAUGCAGCAAUGUUAAUAAUUUCCAGUUCUAGC